AUGCGAUGGGAGGAGGCAUUAAUAAAGGUGUUUUCAAAAUCAAUGGCUUCUACAGAUUCUGCUGAUAAUUCCUCUCACGAUUGUAAUAAAGAACAAAAUGACCAGACUGAUGAUUGCACUGAAAAGUUCUGCCAUACUCUAUUAGACCUUCCCUGGCAAGAUGUUUUGUGGACAAAAGUGUUACCCUAUUUGUCUAUUUCUGAUUGCUUCUAUCUACGACAAGUCAACAAGGAAUACAAGAAAAUGAUUGAUGAUUAUUUCAUUUCAUGUUCUAAACUUGACCUAACUGAUGUGGCUGACUUAUCAGCUUCCUGUCGUCAACUGACUUACCUCAACCUAUCUGGAUGUACAUGGCUUCAUAAUGUUGGUCUUGUAACCAUUGCCUACAAGUGCUAUUUCUUGGAGUUUCUGAACAUCAACAACUGUUCCAAUGUCACUGAUGAAGGCAUCCGCACUUUGGUCUUUCAUUGCCAAAAAAUGACGACUAUAAAAUGCAAGAACGUCUAUCAGUUAACAAACUAUGGUGUUGAAUUGAUGGUUAAAGCCUGUCCUAUGAUGACCAAGUUAGAUUUAAGGGGAUGUUACAGACUCACAGACAGGUGUAUCAAACUUAUCUUGGAACAUGGUUGGAAUGUUAGAGAAUUGAAAGUGAAAAACUGCCAAAGCAUUUCUGAACAGAGUUUGUUUGAUAUUAAGGACAAGAUAAAGGUUGAUGUAAACAGCAACACGUCAUCCAAGAAUUAUUUUCCCAAAGUUUUCUUGCAGUUAUGA